AUGAAAGCGCUCAUCUACAAGUCUCUCAAGCGCGUCGCCAUCGAGUCCCGCCCAAUCCCACGCGUCACAGCCGCAACAGACGCAAUCGUAAAGCUCUCACGGACGACCAUCUGCGGCACAGACCUCCACUUGAUCCAGGGCGACGUGCCUACUUGCCAACCAGGCCGUAUCCUCGGACAUGAGGGUGUUGGGCGCGUGCACGAGAUCGGCGCAGGCGUGAACAGGUACAAGCCGGGCGACCAUGUGGUUAUCUCGUGCAUUUCUGCUUGCGGGACCUGCGACUACUGCCGCAAGGGCAUGUGCUCGCACUGUACCACCGGUGGCUGGAUCCUCGGGAACACGAUUGACGGCACUCAGGCAGAGUACGUCCGUAUUCCUCACGCGGACACCUCCCUCCACCCUAUCCCCGAAGGUGCAGAUGAGCGCGCACUCGUCAUGGUCUCCGACAUCUUCCCCACCGGCUUCGAGUGCGGUGUCCUGAACGGAAAGGUCCAGCCAGGCUCAACAGUCGCCAUCGUCGGUGCUGGUCCUGUCGGCCUCGCAGCGCUCAUCACUGCCCAGCUAUAUGCGCCUUCCACGAUCAUCAUGCUCGACCAGGACGAGAACAGGCUGCGCGUAGCCAAGCAGCUUGGUGCAACGCACACCGUUAACCCGGCAACGAACGCCAAUGCGGCCGAUACAGUCAAGUCCCUCACCGAGGGCCUCGGGUGCGACACCGUCAUCGAGGCUGUCGGUAUCCCGCAGACGUUCGCCACUUGCCAGGACCUAGUCGCUCCUGGAGGGACGAUCGCGAACGUCGGUGUGCACGGGACGAAGGUCGACCUGCACUUGGAAAACCUCUGGGAUCGGAAUAUUGCUAUCACCACGCGCCUCGUUGACGCCACUACCGCUCCCAUGCUUCUCAAGCUCAUCAAGGCUGGCAAGCUCAACCCAUCGCAGCUGAUCACACAUGACUUCGCAUUCAAGGAUAUCGAGAAAGCGUAUGACACCUUCCACGCCGCUGCGCAACACGACGCGCUCAAGGUGGUGAUCAACUUCGACGAAUAA